AUGGACGGCUCAAAAAGUGGAUCCAAUAAUAAAAAGGUAAAGCCCAAGAGUGGGGAACCUGUAACUAAGUUUUAAUCUAGGAAAGAUAAAAGAAGGCAAUAAAAAUAAGAAAAGAAGCAAAAGCACUUGGACUACUUUUAAAGCAGAACAAAGAAGUCAUAGAAUGAUUAUAGAUAGUAGUAGAAAUAGAUUUAAAACUAAAAAAAGCUGAAAGCAGUCAAUCUAUCAGCAUAAAAAGAGACUAUUCCCAAAUAAUAAGAAAGCAUUUUAGGUAAGAGAAAGACACCAGAUACAUUGGUUCAAAAAGCUUAAGUUAAAAAGUUAAAGUCAGCUGAGAAAUAAGAGAAAAUGAACUUGAGUGCUGACAGAGAAGAGUUCUUAAGAUAAAAUGAAAUUGAGAAGAAAAAGCUUGAAUUGGAACUUAAAAUGCUAGAGAAAAAGCUGGGUAUAAAGAAUGAUCCAAAGAAAAGGAAAAAGGUAAACUAAGCGAUUGAAGUAGAAGGCUAUGGUACAGGAUUCAUGGACUUUUUAGAUGGAAUUGAGAAUAAAAUUAAAUCUAAGAAGGAAGUCUACAGACCUUAGGAUUAUGAGUUUAGUGAUGGAGAAGGUCCUGAAGAAGGGGAUAUCUUAAUGGGUCAGGAAGAUGAAGAUCAUUAAGUGGGAUUUGAUGAAGAGUUUUCUGAAGAUGAAGAUGCUAGUAAUGAUAACUAAGCCUAAAUUGAUGAUGAGGAUAAUAGUAAUUAAGAAUUUGAUUAAGAUGAGGAAGAAGGGGAAGAAGAUGAAGAUUAAGAUUAAGAGGAUGAAAUUGAUGAUGGUGAAGAAUCUGAAGAUGAUGAUAAUGACGACGAAGAAGAAGAAGAGUAAGAACAAGAAGAGGAUGAUGAGGAAGAAGAUGAGGAUAAUAAUGAGGCAGGAAUUCUUGAUGAUGAGUCUGAAAUUGAGGAUGAUUUGGAUGAAUUUUAUCAAUAAAGUAGUGAUAGUAAUCCUAGUAUUUAAGAAAGUGAGGAAGAAGAGGAAAAGAUUUAAGUAAAGUUGAAGUAAAAUUAAAAUCAAAAUGAGUUAUCAAAAAAAGGUAAGCAACACUUAGGGAAAAAUGAUAAAAUCAAGAAAUAAGAGUCUCUUCAAUUAGAAAACCCUGCAAUUGAGAAGGCUAUAAGAUCUGUUCUAAAUAAAGUAAGUGAAGGUAAUCUUGAGAUAAUGUUCAACAAGCUUAUUGAUGAAACUAAGGGCUACUUUAAAAAUCCCAUAACUUACGCUUACUGUUAUGCAAAGAUUUUUAUCUAAAUGUCAAUUUCACUCUAGCAAUAGAUGAAUGCUAUCCUCUCAGUCAACUGUGCUUUUAUUUGCGCUUUACAUAGAAUUAUUGGAGAUCAAUUUUUCGUUACUGUUGUGAGACAGAUAUUUAAAGAAUUCAAAGAGAAUCAUGCCUUAUCUAAUACUACAGAUGUGUCUGCAGAUUAAGCAAAGGAUAAGGUUAAAAACAUCUUGAAUUGCUUUUUGCAUUUCUUCUUAUUCUCUUCACUAAGUUCCUCUCUAUUAAUUGACGUUAUUAAGAUCUUAAUGAAAUCAUUCGAGGAGAUAGAUAUCGAAGUAUUGAUCUUUUUGCUGCAUAAUAUUGGUCUUCAAUUGCGCAAGGCUGAUCCCGAGGCCAUAAGAGAUAUAAUACAAAUGGCUGAGUCAAAGAAGAAUAGCUAUGCUGUUGAGAUCAAAAUGGUUCCUGAAAAUGACCCUGUCUAUGCUAAUAUGAAGAAAAAGGAAAGGAAAAUUGGAUUUUUAAAUAUGGAGCUUUAGGAUAUUAAGAAUAAUAAGGGAACAACGACUCUUUAAGUUAAGAGUAUUGAUCAUCUCUAAACUUGGCUUAAAAAGAACUCAAAGAUCCAAAGCGAGCUAACAUUUCAAGCAGUAGAUCUCAAAGCUGAAGUCAUAGAUUAAUUUAUUGAUGAUGAUAGUUCUCUCUCUCAGAAAUGGUGGCUCCCUGAAUCAGAUAAAGCAAAAGCCUCAGAUAAGUACUAAAAACCAAGAGACUUUAAGGGAGAGUCUAAGUAAGCAAGUGAUAUUAUAGAGCUCGCCAAGACACAACAUAUGAAUACCGACAUUAAGAAAGCUGUCUUUUAGGCAAUUGUUGGAGCUGAAGAUUACAUCCAAGCUUUCGAAAACUGCACCAGAUUGAAUCUAAAAAAGCAAUAAGAAAGAGAGAUUAUCAAAGUAUUAUUGCACUGCUGUGUGAAUGAAAAGGGCGUAUUCAAUAAAUUUUAUGCAUUAUUGGCUUAAAGAUUAUGCAAAUUCCAACCCUAGAGUUAUAGGUAUUCUUUAAAGUACUCACUUUGGGAUUACUUAAAGACUUUGUCAAAGUUUGAUAUAAGAUAAAUAGCGAAUUUGGCAAAGCUCUUUGCAUUCUUGAUUGGUGAAAAUGAACUGCCUUUGCAUUUCUUAAAGGUACUCUAAUUUGAUGAAUUGAGUAAGCCACAGAAUUUAUUUCUUUAUGUGCUUUUGGAUGAUAUUUAUGAAAGAUAAUCUAAAGAUCAGAUUAAAAUUAUUUUCAAGAAGGGUAUGAAUGAAAAGCAUUCUGAAUUUAGAAAAGGUUUAAGUGAAUACAUCCUUACGAAAUAUUAUUUGAAAAAGAAGAAGGACUUAAACGGUGAGAAGAUGUCCUAAGAGUUGCAAACUAAGAUAAAAACUACUUUUGACAUUAUCAACUAGAUUUAGGAGUCAGAAUUUAUGAACGAAAACGAAAGAGACUCUGAUUGA